AUGGAAGACACCAUCCACUGCAUGUCCAAAUGUGGGCCCGAAUUUCAGGAAGAAGCUUCACCUUAUCUGUCUUUCUCCAAGCGGGACUGGGGCAGGCGGCUGGCGGGACUCGAGACACAACGGGCCGGGGCCCGAUCAUUGUUGCGACGCGCAGAGCCGGGGUGGGGUCUAAGCCGGAACACGCAGGGGCCGGGGCGGGGCCUGACCGUCCCAGAAAACCACGGGCUAUGUGGUGCAUCUCCCGCCGAAACAGUGCAGUGCGUCCGCCGCACCGCUAGGGGCCAGUGCGGCGGACUGAGGAGCCCGAGCCAGAGACAGAGCGAGACACCAAGCCGUGCGGAGCGAGGAAGCGGAAUAUCCCGGAGCCCCGCAUCAACAUACCCUACACACUGGAUGGAGCUGAUCCUGAGUACCAGCCCAGCUGAGCCAACCCUGGAUCCUGCACACCAGCCAGAGAAGACCCCAGCCCCCAACCUGACUGAGUUGACCCUGGAGCCUGUGCACUGUCGACCUGAGCUUCUGGACGCUUGUGCUGACCUCAUCAAUGAGCAGUGGCCCCGCAGCCGCGCCUCCCGCCUACACUCCCUGGGCCAGUCCUCAGAUGCCUUCCCCCUUUGCCUGAUGCUGCUGAGCCCCCGCCCCACACCUGAAGCAGCCCCCGUUGUAGUGGGCCAUGCCCGCCUGUCACGGGUGCUGGACCAGCCCCAGAGCCUCUUAGUGGAGACAGUGGUGGUGGCCCGGGCCAUGAGGGGCCAUGGCUUUGGCCGCCGCCUUAUGGAGGGCCUGGAGGUUUUUGCUCGGGCCCGAGGCUUCCGCCAGCUGCACCUAUCCACGCAUGACCAACUGCACUUCUAUGCCCACCUGGGCUACCAGCUGGGCGAGCCUGUGCAAGGCCUGGUCUUCACCAGCCGACAGCUGCCUGCCACCUUCCUCAGUGCCUUCUCCAGGACACCCUCCCCCCGGCCACCCUGCAAGGCCUCCAACCUGAUUGCCCAAGUUGCUCCAAGGGGCCCCCAGGGGUCCACAUUGCCACCACCCCCUCCCCUGCCUGAGCUCUUGACUACCUCACCCCUACCUCCAGCAGGGCCCCUUUCACAAAGCCUGAUGGAGACACAAUACCAAGACCUAAGGGGAUGCCCCAUAUUCUGGAUGGAGAAAGACAUCUGAGGGCCACCCAGGGCAAGGCACUCUUUCUGGGUCACUGGACUGCCCUGGACAGUACCCGCCUCAGCCCACUGGCCAUACCUCAACCCCUAGCCCCUGAGGGGCAGCUGUAGCCUGGGCAUGUUUCCUGGCUACCAGUGGGGUCAGGAGAUGGCUCCAUAGCUCUGGUUCAGAGCAAUCAAUGUGGCUGAAUAAAAGCUUCCCGUGGGUGUGG